CAUCAGGGCUAGGUCUCUUUGCUCUCGACCUCGCGACAGUCACCCGGCUCCCCGGCCAAGCAAGCGUGCGGGUACGUGCCGCGAUGCCAUGCAAUUAUCGCAAACUAUCAUAGGCAUUUAGCAUAGGAGCAAGAUUGAAUCAGAGCACAAUCAAUUUCUAUCUACUUUUAACAUUGGCAACAUUGCCUGCGAGCGCGAAGAAGGACGACUGAACGACUGAGUUCGCCGGCACUUUGCUGGUCGCUUGCUUUGUGCAAAUCACAUAAAUUUACCAUUAAAGGUCUUACCAUUGUGUCGUUCUUCCCAGCGCAGCCACUUAUCUCAAAACUCGGUCUGCAAUUCUGUUGUGACCCCGCUGUCCUAUUGGCCCCUUGGAUCUGACAGCUCGCUUCUGAAGCACGCUCAGAUCAUGAUGCAAAGCUCGGAGGGAGCGGGGCCAGCCGAGCCCGCAAGGGCGGUUCUAUUAGCAGUUGCGAUGGACGAGGCAUCCCUCGCCGCGGUCAACUAUGCAAUCCACGAGCUGUACCGCAAGGGCGACCAGUUCCACCUGGUGCACGUGGCGCGCAUCCUCAGCCCCAGCAUCACAAUCCACCACCAGUACCAUGCGACGUACAACGUGCCGGAACUGGGGCCGGGCAUUGACCAGCGGGCGUUUCUGGAGCGGCUGAAAGAGGAGAUUAAAGACAAGUUCACAAACCCCAUGGACGCUCUGGGCAUCCCGCACAACCUGCACCUCUUCCUAGACACAGACAAUGCGCCUGCCUCGGCGGUGUGCGAGACCGUGUUCAAGGUGGCGGACCAGGUGGACGCGGCCAUGGUCGUGUUGGCGGCACACGGCAAGGGCGAGGAGGGCAGUCGCGACCCGCUGCUGGGCCUGUACCUGGGCUCGGUGGCGGACUUCGCCACCCGCAACAGCGCCCGGCCCGUCCUGGUGGUUCGCAGUUACGCCGCGCCGCUGGUGAUGCACGUGUCGCGCAGCGCUGCCAGGCUGGCGCAGGGGCAGGUGCCGGGAUCCGCUGGUGGGUCUGAGCCCGGGAGCCGGAGCCUCAGCAAUGCACCCAGCCUGGGCGGCCCUGCAUGAGCCAUGAUAGGCAAAGGCUGCAUCGAGUGCUGUUCUGUUGUGCGUUUGGAUUGGCACCAAGGAGUGCGAGCGAUGUGCAUGCCGCGAGGUUGGUGGCUAACUGGUGAAAUGGAUCAAACGUUGGUCUGCCGGGAGUUGCCUGGCGGCCAUAAUGCAUGCCAGUUUUAUGAUUGUUAAGUUGGUUGAUGCUGGGUUGCUCGGCACAAUGCAAGAGAGAAGAAUUACGCACAGGCACAUCGCGCGGAUUUAAGGAGGCCGGAUGGAUCCGCUAACAGCCAGGGGGGCAACACAGUCAUACUGGGCUGGAAACGUACUCAGGUUAUCACGUAAACCUGAUGUUGAUGUCACGCAUGCAGGCGGGGCGGGCAUUAGAGGCGGCGGGCCCGUACGCCACGGGGGUACCGGUUGUUUCCUUGUUGGUGGAAGCGUGGAACCGGCAUAGGCUGCACGCACGUGCGGCACGGGCUUGGACGAGCACUUAAUAGUCCAGCAGUAGAUGUUCGUAGUGUAUCACUGGGUGAUUGCACUGUAUGCACCGCGAGAACGAUUGGUUACGAGACCAUCUUUGUUACCCA